UCUUAAAUUUUGGUUCAUUCUUACUAUGCGUUUUAGCUAAUUUAAUGAUUCCUUUCGUGCGUGUGUAUGCUUAUAGCUUCAUUUUGUGGACACUUUCCAUGCUUUUCAUUCGCUGGCUCAGUUCCGAAGAAGAAAAUGAAAUGGAAGAUGCAGAUGGAGGAAGUGGAAGCGAUUCUCGAGAAAAUCUGGGACCUUCAUGACAAGCUCAGCGACGCCAUUCACUCCAUCUCUAGGUCGCACUUCCUCACCUCCAUCAAAACUCUCCAAAAUUCUCCUCACAACGGAAACAUCACCACCACCACCGCCGCUGACCCCGCCGCCGGUGGUGGUGGUUUCGUCUUCGUCAAGGAUUUCCGACCUGUAAACAACGCCGACGGCGACGGCGAUGACGAGUCUGCUGUUCGCGAAGCUAAGAGUCUCAAUGCCAUUAGGACUGCUCUCGAGAACCUUGAAGACCAGCUCGAGUUCUUCCAUACCAUUCAAACACAGCAGCGUGUUGAGAGAGAUGCUGCAAUUGCACGUUUAGAACAGAGCAGAAUUGUUCUUGCAAUGACAUUGGCAGAACACCGUGGUAAAAAGUAUAAAGUCAUUGAAGAAGCUCUUGCUUUUGUUGGAGAUGUGCAUGAUGCCAGCUGCCUUGACUCACCCGAAGUUCUUUAUGGACAACCAAACUGCUCUUCUGGAAAUUUUGUAGAGAAGGGGAAGAGAUCUAAUAUCCUUACAAGUGUUUUUAUCUCAAGUUUCAAUUUUGUGAGGAAGGCUCUUGGAUUGGAUCAUAUGGGUGGAAUAGUUGGUAAUGCUGCUUUGGUAGCAGUUAGCAUGAUCGCUUUGCUUCAUUUACAACAGGUAAAUGAGCAUCCAUUUAAGCAAGAAAGUAGAGUUCACAACAGACCUGUGAAUAGAACAACUCAAUUGGGGAGUUCUUCGUCCAAUGCACAGUCCAGUCAUUUGGAUGUAUUGUUGGCUAGAGGUUAGGAUUAAGCCUCUUUGUGGUGGAUUUAAGAGGGUUAUGUUUCCGGCUCUUAAAGUUUUUUUAUUUUUUUUAAUUCUCCUUUGUGUGCUCUUGGCCUUUUUCUUUUAUCUUUGCUUAAACAAGGCCUGAAUCCUGGUGUACCGAGGGGAGGGUAGGCUAAAAUAGAGGCAUAGCUACAUUAGUGAUACUGGAUCCCAGAAUCAGUCAAUCUCCAAGGGACUUGGUGUCGCUUGAGAUAAGGUUCUUGAUCGUCUUCUUGGUUUUUGUUGCCAUCUUAAGUUUAUACAAGUGGCAUAAUUGUUGAUCUGAUGAGGUGCUUUAGAUAUCGUUUCAGUUUGAGGUAUUCCAGUUGAGUUGCAAAUGCAUGGAGUAUUGUACUGAGUUGGAAAUUCAAACGUAUGUUCCUUCUUCCUGCUUGGAAAUGUCAUCUGUUGUCGAUCCCUGCACUUGUUUUUGCUAUCGGCUAUAGUUGACGAAGUAAAGAAUGCCUUAUACCUUCAAUGUUCUUGGUUCCUUUUACUUCCCACUUAGUACAAUCUCUUGUGUAUACUUUUAUGUUGCAAUGAAGUAGAUAUUUGGUGUUGCUUUUGUA